AUGCCUUCACUCGUUUUGUUUGCCCUCGGCUUGCUGCCGCUUGCAUGGGCUCUUCAGAUCAACAACCCUGGUCACCCUGCGACUGGGUCAGGCGUAACCGUAACUUGGAGUCAUUCUGCUAGCGAUCCCGCCAAAUUUGAUUUGUAUCUUUGGAACGGCGCGGCUCAGACUCCUGCCGUGAAUAAGUUGCUUGCUGGUGGUGUUGCUACGUCUACUGGUGCCGUGAGCGUGCGGAUUCCCUGUGAUAUUCCUUCCAGCGGCGCAUACCAGCUGUUUGCUGUCAAUGGCGCAAAUACAUCUGAUAUCUACGCCCGAAGCUCCCAGUUCUCCAUCGCAGUUGUCGAUUGCAAAGAAACAACCACCACAACUACAACAACAACUUCGACGAAGACUACUACAGGCACGACAAGCUCAACGGGCACCAAGACGGGUACUUCAUCGACGACCUCAUCUACUGUUACGAAGCCAACUAGUUCAGAUUCGUCAAGCGGAACCUGCACUAGCAGUGAACAGAGUCACACGGAAUCGCAGACUUCUAAAUCUACUUCUAUCCCAACGUCUGGGGGCAACACAACCGUCACUGUGCCGUGCAGCACGCCGUGCAAGGUGACUACCACGGUGGGAGUGACUCCAACGGGAAGCCAGAGCCCAACGACUAUUCCUAUCGGCGGCGCUUCUCAAGCUGGUGUUCAGCUUCUUUCUGUAGCUGCGGCUUUUGUGCUGGCAAUGAUGGCAACUUAA